GGCACCAGUCGGCCAACAUUUUGUCGCAAGAUGAAACUACAGAUCGCCCUUUGUGCCAUCCUCGUGGUUUUCUGUGGUCUUGUCAGUGCCUACGAAGGCGAUGGCCAGCCCGGUUGCAAGACCCAGGCGGAGCUAGAGAUUCAAGUUUUCCGCAACCAUUGGGAUGCUACAUCGUACUGGAAGUGUGAAGCUCUAAACGAACCGGCCACCGAAAUGAAGUGCCCCGCAGACACUGGAUUUGUGGAUAGUCUCAAAAACUGCGUCGGCUGGGAAGAGUGGGAGUGGGAGGCACCAGUUGCUCCUUUGAGCGAAGCGGACCAGUGAUAAAACACACGAGAAAAAGUGCAAAAAGCGAAAAGUGGUUAUCCA